AGAGAGCCCUGCCCAAAAGAGCUUACAAUCUACAAGUCGUGGGCGCAGGGAAGGGAGUAUCUCCGGAUCAGAUGGCACUUUGCACCCGAAUUCUGCUCAUCCUGCAGGCGUUUAUACCCCUGGCGCUGCCAGAACAGACGGGUUACACAGAGACGGACGGUGGCUGGCACCUGUACCAUUACUCCGCUGCCCAGGAAGAGGAGAGAUGCACAGUGGAGAGGGUCGAUGCUUCCCUUACCUAUGCCUCAUUCAUGCAACAGUAUGCAUACAAAAGCCCGGUUAUCCUACAGGGAAUCACCGAUAACUCGGAAUUUAGAACUCUGUGCAGUAAGCAGCGCCUUCUUCAGGAGUAUGGGGAGCGACUGGUGCGACUAAGUACAGCCAACACUUACUCCUAUGAGAAAUUGGACAUUCCAUUCCGGGAAUAUGUAGAACAUUAUCUCAGACCCCAAGAUAUGAACGCUCUGGGAAUCGAUACCUUGUAUUUCUUUGGGGAUAACAACUUCACAGAAUGGGGUGCCCUGUUUGAGAAAUACACUCCGCCCCCAUUUAAGAUUCCUGGCACAAGUGGCGCCUACAGCUUUGGUAUAGCGGGCUCGGGAACAGGAGUUCCUUUCCACUGGCAUGGCCCGGGCUACUCUGAGGUCAUAUACGGCAGGAAGCGCUGGUUCCUCUACCCCCCAGACAAGACCCCAGAAUUUAACCCCAACAGAACAACCCUUUCAUGGCUCCUGGACACAUACCCCUUCCUCCCGGAAGAAGAUCGCCCCAUAGAAUGUACAAUACGGCCUGGAGAGGUGUUGUACUUCCCAGACCGAUGGUGGCAUGCCACUCUUAACCUGGAUACCAGUGUGUUCAUUUCCACAUUCCUGGGAUAGGCAGCAGAGCUUCCAGCAUCCCACUGACAGCCCAAGGCCAGUAGAACCGCGUGAAUGUGCAUCUGGAGGAAGGCAGGUGUCGCCCAACUUUGUUUUAAAGCCUCAGGGAAAUCAAAACUAAACUAGUAAAUUACCACUCAGUCUCCCCAAAAAUCUUUUCCUGGCACCGCCCAAGUGCCUCCGGGGGGGGCUCAACAACGGACUGUUCAUUUAAUGAAACCUCUUCAAAGGGGAAGUUCAUCUUGAACUUUUCUAGGACAAACUGCAGUUGGUCUUUUUUUAUGCAGUUGUUGAACUACCAGCCAUUCGGUUCUACAAAUCUCCUGCAUGAAAUGUGAUAAAUGCUAGAUUUGUAUUGGAGUUCAGUGUCUCUGGUAACAAGAAAGCAGAUUUAUAUGAAGGGUAGAUUAGUAUUAUAAUGAAUAUUGCUAGCAUUUCUUAUUCAACCCAUCUCCUGUUGCUAGGGUGAGUGAGACCCCAGCAACAAGUUUAAAUUCCAAGUUGUAGAGCUGCAGAACAAACAAUAACUAUGGCAAUGUAAUAAGUCUUACAUUUGCCCACAUUUUACCCAUAGCAACCAGUCGGAUGUUUUCAGGCAACUGACCAGUAAAUCUGCUGAUUUGUUGCUAAGGGUUACUAGGCUAGUAGCAAAUGUAAGACUUUAGAUUAGCCAAAAUUAAUUUAAACAACAAGAAAUAACAUAAGCCCAACUGCAGAUUGUCUUUAAAUACCACUGAGUAGUCCAUUCCAAGUUGUACUGCCUCUUUAAAAAAAAAUGACCAAAUGUUUUUAAUUUGCUAUAUUAGUAAAAUCUCUUGGAAAAUAAAUUAAUUUUAUACUAAAGAUA